AUGGCUGAUCUUCUGGCUGCAGUAAAUGCGACGCCGCAUACGGUGAACAAGCAAGAGAGCGGCGCUAUUCUAGGUCUCAAUGACGAGCAAUUUAUCGAAUUAAAGGAGCAGGCGAUUGCAUAUGCGGCAUCACAUGGACUGUUAGUCAGUUUGCACGACCAGAGCAAACCUCAAGACGUAUCGUCUGCUUUUACCCAUGUUCCCUUUUGUUUACUUCCCAUACAGUUUCCUAGGAAACAAUUUGAACUCGGCAUGGAAUUGUCGCCUAUUUACGGCCGUUUAGUCGAUCGUGUGAGUCGUGACGUUGAGUGGCUACAUAGUUGCGUACAAAGUGUCGUUGCAGAAGACGCAUUUACAGGACGACUACUGGAGCUCUCGAGACUGGUACAGAAAGAAGGCGUUCAGCAGCAAACCUAUCUAGGUAUCCACCGCUCAGACUACAUGCUACAUGAGCCUCAGACCGACAAAUCAAGUGACUCGCAGCGGUUGCUGCAGGUAGAGCUCAAUACUAUCUCGUCUUCCUUUGGCUGUAUCAGUUCUCUCGUGUCAAGCAUGCACAGUUUCCUGGUCAAUCGUUUUGGAGACAUUUCGGCACUGGAGAAGCAUUACGGUAUCACAUCGGGUGAUUAUUCGAAAGGGUUGCCGCAAAACGAUACAAUUUUGGAGCUACCGAAUGCGCUCGCAGCUGCACACAAACAUUAUGGCGUCAAAAACGCUGUAAUAAUGUUCGUCGUGCAGCCUAACGAGGCCAACGCCAUUGACCAACGCUGGCUCGAGUACAACCUGUGGGAGCACCACGGCAUUUGCGUGCUGCGCCUAACACUGGCUGACGUGGACGCGUGUGGCAAGUUGGUAGAGCGCGAUGGCAAGCGCACGCUCGUGCUUGACGGACGUGAAGUUGCUGUCGCGUAUUUUCGCGCUGCGUACACACCGAAUGACUAUCCUACUGAGCAAGAAUGGGCUGGUCGAACGAUUAUCGAGCGGUCGUACGCCAUUAAGUGUCCGUCUAUAGCUUAUCACUUAGCUGGCACCAAAAAGGUGCAGCAAGUGCUUGCGCAGCCCGCAGUUCUUCGUCGGUUUGUGGCUGAAGAAGAAGCCUUGCAGCUAGAACAAUCAUUUGCUGGUCUCUACGGACUCGAAAGAAAUUCACCAACCAUUGAAGAUGUCAAGAAGAUGGCAAUCACUAACCCGCAUAUGUACGUACUGAAGCCGCAGCGCGAGGGUGGAGGCAACAACUUGUAUGGCGAUGAUGUCGCCUCGGCGAUCCAAAAGAUGAGUCCUGCCGAACUAGAGUCGUUCAUCUUGAUGGAGCGAAUUUUCCCCAAGGAGAAUCCCGCCGUCCUUGUCCGCAAUAGCUGUUCAUCAAGUGGUUGUACCAUCAGUGAGCUCGGUAUGUUCAUUACAAGUUUGUUCGACGGCGAAGGAAAGGAGAUUAUCAACAAACACGCGGGCCAUCUGUUGCGCACGAAGCUUUCGGGCACUGACGAGGGCGGUGUGGCUACAGGCUUUUCGGUCGUGAGCAGCCCAAUGCUAGUCUAG